AAAUUGAAGGACGACCUCAUCACCAAAACUCUCCUGGUAUAUGUUGAUGAUCCUCACAAGGUCUUGAGUGAUGUCAAUAAACCACUGCAGGAUCGGGUUAUGGCGAAAAUGUUCACCCACAAAUCUAUGGCUGCUUCGAUUUCGAAAUUCAGAGAAAAAUAUCCAAACUGGCUGGAAGAAGUGACGGCUCUGUUGAAAACUAUGAAAAUGAAGAAACCGAUGAUGAAAAAGGAAAAGGAGGCUGAAAAGAAUACAGCGGUUGGUGAAAAAAGUGAAAAUAACAAUGGAAAAGUUGUGAGAAGUAAGGACAGUGUUAAUAAACUCGAGAAAAGUGUUAGAACUUCCGUUAGUUCCACCUCGGGUAGUUGGACAGUUUCAGGUAGUGUUCAAGUUAUAUCUAAAUUAGAAAAUGAUGACGUCACCAAAAGUGAGAAAGUUUCUAAAAAAAUGGGUGGAAAAUCAACGAAAGUUACACCUAAUAGAGGUGAGGUUACAAAAGAUAGAAUAAAAACUAGUGAUAAUGAAAAGUUUGGUGAAGAGAAUGGAGAAGGGUUGCUGUUUCAUUCGAGUGGGAUGGAUUUAGGGGGCCAAGAAAAUUGGUUUGAAAAGGAGAGAAAAGUUAAUAAAAGACAAUGUGAAGAGGGAGAGAAGUUGAUGAGUGGAGGGAAGAAAAAGAAGAAGAGGAAGAUUGAAAAGGUGGAAGGAGAGGAUAGUGAAGGAAAUUUGGAGGAUAUCUUCAAAAUUGAGGAGAAGGAGACUGGUAGAAGAAUUGACAAUGGUGAGGUUGAUGGAGGUAUCCUAGAGGAUAGGUUUAAGAAGGGUAAGAAAUUUGAAGAUAUAGAUGUAAGUUUGAAGGGUAGGUUUGAGAAACCUGAGGUGGAUGACAGAGAAAAUGGAUUAGAUGAAGAUCUGGAGGAGAGAUUUUGGAAGGAGAAAGAAAACUGAGAAGAAAGUGAUGGAUAAAAAGAAAGAGGAAAUUAAAGUUGUCGAUCCUUUUUUCAUGACCAACGACAACAGUGAAUAUUUGACGGUGGUUUCAAGUAAAGAGCAGGCUGACGCUCUUCAGAAUCCCUCAAAAAACGUCAAACCAUUACAAAAAUGAUGAAGAACUCUAUUACGGUAGUAGCUUGACGGGGGGUUUCAAGCAGGUGAGUCAUCAUGAGCGGAGACAAGCGAGUUUUACCAAUCUAGGUGGUCGGGGUUCGGGAUGGUUUCGCGAUAGGAAACAAAACGGGGGUUUCAGGGAUUCCGGGAAAGGAGGGGGUAGAAACGAGGGUGGUUUUGGGAAGAAUCGGGAAGGAUUCGGGAUGUCCUCCUCCUCCACCUCCUCCCUUCCGCGGCGAGAGAGAAGGAAACUGAUGAACGAAGGUGGAAAAGAGACGAAGGCAGUGGGAGAGGAAAAACUGCACCCAUCGUGGGAAGCAAAACGGAGACAGAGUUGUCCGGCGAUUCCAACUUUUAGCGGGAAGAAAAUUAAGUUUGAUGAUUGAGAAAAUGUAUUUUUAUUGUAAAUAAAAUGUUAUUUAUGAAUCA